CGCGCGUUCCCGGCCGCUGCGGGCUCUCAGGCCGAAGAGGAAAGGCUGCGAGACGGCCGCGGCUGUGGCUAGAGAGCGUCAGUAACAGAGGGUGCUGACCAUUUAUUCCAUUCCCGUACCUGGUUCUUGAUUGUGCCUAAGGAACAUGAAUUUGUGAAACAACAGGUUGGAUUAGGAAUAAUCUUUGUGGCACAGAAUGAAACAGCAGUGGAAGACAAAAUACCACACACUGUUUGACUGCCGGUGAAGAUGAGCUUUUGUUUUUGUGCCAGACAACUGUGGGAUUUGUAAUAGAAAUGAUGGCUGGCUGUGGUGAAAUUGAUCAUUCAAUAAACAUGCUUCCUACGAACAGGAAAGCGAAUGAGUCCUGUGCGAAUACUGCACCUUCUCUAACUGUCCCUGAAUGUGCCAUUUGUCUGCAAACAUGUGUUCACCCAGUCAGUCUGCCUUGUAAGCAUGUUUUCUGCUAUCUAUGUGUAAAGGGAGCUUCAUGGCUUGGAAAGCGAUGUGCCCUCUGUCGACAAGAAAUUCCUGAAGAUUUCCUUGACAAGCCAACCUUAUUGUCACCAGAAGAACUCAAGGCUGCGAGUAGAGGAAAUGGUGAAUAUGCAUGGUAUUAUGAAGGAAGAAAUGGGUGGUGGCAGUACGAUGAGCGCACUAGUAGAGAGCUGGAAGAUGCUUUUUCCAAAGGUAAAAAGAGCACUGAAAUGUUAAUUGCCGGGUUUCUGUAUGUUGCUGAUCUUGAAAAUAUGGUUCAGUACAGGAGAAAUGAACAUGGACGUCGCAGGAAGAUUAAGCGGGAUAUAAUAGAUAUACCAAAGAAGGGAGUAGCUGGACUUAGGCUGGACUGUGAUGCUAAUACUGUAAACCUCGCGCGCGAGAGCUCUGCUGACGGAGCGGACAGUGUCUCCGCACAGAGUGGAGCUUCUUCCGUUCAGCCUCUAGUGUCUUCCGUAAGGCCCCUGACAUCAGUAGAUGGUCAGUUAACAAGCCCUGCAACACCAUCCCCUGAUGCAAGCACUUCUCUGGAAGACUCUUUUGCUCAUUUGCAACUCAGUGGAGACAGCAUCGCUGAAAGGAGUCAUAGGGGGGAAGGAGAAGAAGAUCAUGAGUCGCCAUCUUCAGGCAGGCUACCCGCACCAGACGCGUCCAUUGAAGAAACCGAAUCAGACGCCAGUAGUGAUGGUGAGGAUGUAUCUGCGCUUGUUGCACAACACUCCUUGUCCCAACAGAGACUUUUGGUUCCUAGUGCAAACCAGACAGUAUCUGAUCUAUCAGAUCGAUCAGGAACUGAUCGAUCAGUAGCAGGGGGUGGAACAGUGGAUGCUGGUGUCAGAUCUAGAAGGCCUGAUGGACAGUGCACAGUAACUGAAGUUUAAAUUAAAAAGUCUUCAGCUUCAUGCUCAAAGUUAAAAUGGUUAUCUGUAAAUUUCUGCCCACAUAACAUUAUACUCAUCCCUGGUAGUGCAUUUUUGGGAGUUGGGGUGGGAAAAGGGGGAAGACAGACCUGUAAAUUAAAAUGUCUAACAUGUCUCUGUUGAGGGAUUUAUUUAAUAUAAGGAACUUGGCGUUAAUAGUGGAGAGCUGUUUAGUAAUAACCCCGUUUUCUUGAUGUCUGUUUAUUUUACAGUUUUUUUAAAUUUGUUCAGUUCUUUUGGCCAGCGUGUGUGUAUUACCUGUGCAUUAACAGUCCUCAUCUGACUCUUGCAUUGUGUCUUAUUUUUCUGCAUGGAUUGACGUAAAACCAUUACUAAAAUUUGGCACCUAUGAGAUGUCUUGUAUUGGUAUGAACAGGAAGCUUAAUGUGAGAAUAGAUGUGAAUCUGGGAUUUUAAAAUAGAUGAAUAACAACUAUUAAAUAGUAAAUUACUGAAAUGGAGAUGUGAAGAAAACAGCUAAUAACUCACGUUUCAGAAUCUUGUCUGUAACAUACUUCAUGGUGUUUCCCAUAGGCUUUGCUGUCUAGUCCUUGUAGUUUGAGGUUUCUCUUGAUCUGCAUUUUUCUUUUUGAUUACAGAAUUUAUAAUUUAAUAAAUACUAGAGUUUAUCAAAAAUAAUUUGUCUGUUGUUUGAGUCUGGAAAGAGGAUGGAAACAUUUUGACAUUUGUGGCCAAAAUAAACAGGUAGCGGUUUGAACUGGUUGUAUUCAGCUUAGUCACCUGCUCAGGAAAGUUUGAUUUUUUUCAGAGACUAUUUAAACAGAAUCUACAAGCAAUUGCAUGGAAUAAGUAUGUAUGGAAAUCAACCUAAAGCUCGUGAGACUUAAAUUUCUUACAUAACUAAUAGUAGAGACCAUAUAUGUAUUUAGAUGUUCAUUGCCAGUCUUCAUUAGUGGUCUGAUACUAAUGAAUUAAAUGGGUAGGCUUAUUUUAAACAGCAUUAGUAGAUACAAAUUUACUUCACACAAAAUGUAGAAUCUGUGACAAAACAGGAAGUCUUGGGUUAACCUGGUAAUCCAGAAUUGGGAUCUGAAAAAUGGUAAUGUGAGUUUGUCUUACUAUAUUUUAAUUCAAAACAGUAGGAUCGUGUUGAAGCAUACGCAAGUUAUUUUUAGUAUGUUUUUCAAAUGUGACUUGAAUGUUACCAUAGCAAAUAAAAACUGUCACUACUUUGAAAUUAAUCUUUUAUCUCUUGUUGUGAUAGGUUAGAAUUGGGAGUUAAUUCUUUGACUUACAUGUUUUUUAAAGCCUGUAUUACAGAGAUGAUCAUGAAAGUUUGAGUUGUGCAUUUGUAUUGUCUACUUUUAAAAUAUAGCUAGUUACGGAAAAGAAAGGUUAGCUACUUUAACAUAUGCAAAUGUUACAGGAUGCUUCAUGAGUCCCUCUGACAUCUUAGGAAGUUUUGAUGUAAAGUUAAAUUUUAUUACUAUGUAAACAGUAGUAAAGUAGUACUUACUACUAGUUUGGAAAUCCCAGGGCACAUACAUAAUGGCCAAUUUUGUAGAGUCAGUAGACUUUCCACAUGAUGUCUAUUGUUUAGUAGAGAGUAAAGAAAACUAUUAAAAUAUCAAAUAAGACCAAAUUUGUAGGAGGGUAAGGUGGGAAGCAUUUUUAUUCAAAAGAACCAUAAAAAAAAUAAAGGAGGAAUAAAAGAAGAGCCAUUCACCAAUUCUUUUUUAAAGAUUUUUUAUUUUUCAUUUAUUUUUAAGUAAUCUCUACAUCCAGUGUGAGGCUUGAACUCACAACCCCAAGAUCAAGAAUCACAUGCUCCAUACCAACUGACCCAGCCAGGCGCCCCCUCCCCAAAUCUACCCCCCAGCUGCUUAGAGCAGAAGAAAAUGACUGAUCAUAUAGCUUUUCUUAUCUUGUCCGUGACCCCUCUCCAUUUUUGUUCUUUAGUGCAAGUUUCAUUAAGUUAUUUUUGUAAAUUAUUUCCAGGUAGGACAACAACCCAGGAAUAGGUUUUGUGGAAAGGUUUUUCCUUUUAAAAAUUGGGGUUGGUUAUAGGGUAAGAACUACUGUGGGGAUUGAUAACUUUUAAGCCAAAAGUGUUACAUAUUUUAGCUAAAUGUUUCAGAUUACUUGAUGAGUUCAGCUAUUCAAAAAACGAUUAAAAACAAAUACUAGUGUAGCCUUCAAAGUAAUUCUGGCAUUUAACUUUUAUAAAGGUUAAUCAUUGGAGUUUUACACAUUGUAUUUUUUUAAAACUAUUUAUUAAAUUUUCCUUUCCUAGCAAUAGCCUCUUUAUUUGCAGGCCCACCCCAAACUGUUCCUACAAGAUCUUUUUCAGUCUGUAAUGCUUCCUCUAAACAAAGCUCUUUGCCUGAAGAAACAGAUCUUUUCAAAGCUCUAAUUACUUCCGGUGGCCCUCUGAUAAACUGCUUUAGCCACUCUUGUGCCUCUCCCAGACAUGCAGUUUCAUCUGAAGACUGCAAGACCUCUUCAACCAUUCCUAUGUUUAAAGCUUUUUUUGAAUCCAGUUUGAGGGCCCCACUUAACACUUUGAGAGCCUGCCUACUGCCAAUGAUUUCAACUAGUCGGGCAGCACCGCCCCAGCUUGGUAUUAUACCCAUCUCUUUGUGGACAAAUCUGAUCUCACUUUCUGCAGUCAUUAAUCUGCAAAAGAGAAAAGAAAAAACUUCAUCUUAACUAAGUAUAUGUGCUUUAGUCAUAAAGUACUACUCAUUAUCUAAUCUGAAAUCUCCAUAGAUCUUUAUAGGUAGAUUUGUUACAUUAAAACCUGAAAGUUCAAAGAAUCUGGCUAAGUAUACAAUUCAGUUUACUACACAGUCCUUAAUAUUUGCCUUUGAAAACAAUAUCAGCAUUUUUAUUGUGCUUGUUUAUCCUUUGCUUUGGCAAGUAAGAAUUUAGUUUUUAUUUUAUGUUUAUUUCUAGAAGCCCAAAUUAUCUUUCUAAAGUGAGUAGUGGCCUAAUUAGAAAAUCUGGAUUGAGUGGAAAUACGGGAGUAGGAAAUGUUAGGGUCAUACUGUAGAAAAAAAAAAUGCAUAAUAAAGUUAAAGUCAAUAGUUGUCAGGAAAAAAUUGGUUCUUAACCCAGCAUCUAUACAGUCUUCAAGCAAGUAUUUACUAAGCUCUACGUAUGCCAGCUUGUCUAGAUGUGGGACUACAGGAAUGACCAAAAUAAAACCCUGAGCUCAGUUGACAUUCCUGAUAGGAGAAAAAGACACUGAACAAUAUAGGACCAGUGGUGAGAAGUGCUAUAGAAAAAAGGGGGGGGGGUGUGCCUGGGUGGCUCAGUCGUUAAGCGUCUGCCUUCGGCUCAGGUCAUGAUCCCAGGGUCCUGGGAUCGAGUCCCACAUCGGGCUCCCUGCUCGGCAGGAAGCCUGCUUCUCCCUCUCCCACUCCCCCUGCUUGUGUUCCCUCUCUCGCUGUCUCUGUCAAAUAAAUAAAUAAAAUCUUUAAAAAAAAAAAAGAAAAGGGGCGCCUGGGUGGCUCAGUUGGUUAAGCGACUGCCUUCGGCUCAGGUCAUGAUCCUGGAGUCCCGGGAUCGAGUCCCGCAUCGGGCUCCCUGCUCUGCAGGGAGUCUGCUCCUCCCUCUGACCCUCCCCCCUCUCAUGUGCUCUCUCUCUCAUUCUCUCUCUCUCAAAUAAAUAAAUAAAUAAUCUUUAAAGAAAAAAAAGAAAAUGGGGCAAGGGACUAGAGAAUGAGGAGAUGUGUGUUGGGGGUAUUAACUAAUGUUAACUAGUCCUCAGAACUAGCAUAUGAGGAGGUAUAAUUCGCCAUUUUACAGAGGGAAACUGAAGCCACAGAGACUAACUAAAUCGCUCACUCAAGGCCAUGCCACUAUGGCAGAGCCAGAACUUAAACCCAGGAAGGUUAGCUUCUUAUGCGUGCUCCCCUCACGGUACACCUAACAGCGAGACUAGGACGGAAACUGGGAUGCCAUUAAGAAAGCGGACAGUGGCGUGGGUUGGACUAACAAUAAUGAUUGCCUAUAGCAGGGAUGCAUUUUUCCAAAGCAAGGUUUUUAUGAGUAGGGUGAUUAAGAAGCAAAGUGGAACAAGAAAGGGGAGUGUUAACAUAAAUCAGUGGACAUAGUAAAAGGCUUCACAUUUGCCAGUUAAAUAUCCAUUACACCAUUAACAGAAUGCACAAAGCUAUCCUGUGUAGGAAAUACUGCCUAUGAAUUUUAUUUUGACUGCAUGAGCUUUCACUGUUAAAACCUCUAAUUUGGAACAAAGGUCAUGUCUGCAUUUUAAUUUUUUUAAGAAAAAAUGUAGCUGUCAAACUACUCACUGUGCAAAAGAAGGCCUUAUGUUAGUUCUGCUUUCCAAAGUGUAAAUGCUCAGCUGCAGGUGUUUUGGUUCUAUUAGCACCAAGAACAACAGACUCUUAGUCUUUGACUCUUUAAUCAGGAAAAAUAUUCCAGUAAAUUCUCACAAAAGCCUAUUUAUUAACCCACUGGGAAAGAGAACUUUCUCUUCACAGCUGUGAACUCCUACAAGGGAAAAUCUGCCUCAAUUAUGAACAAUUGCUUUUAGAGGCAAAUAGCCAUGAAAACAGUAGUUUUCAAUAAAUUUAAGUGGGAAGGAAGAAAGAACAAAUCUCCUAAGAAUCGAAUCUAGCCCAAAAUUGUGAGAGGAGUACUGCCUUGUUAUAACAAACAGAAAACAAUGUCAAAAAUUAAAGUGGAAUAGAAAUUACAGAAAUGUCCAAUAGUCUUGGAGAUAGGAAUACCGUUAAUACUGAAAACAAUUCUAUAAAACUUUUCACAGCAUAAAUUGAGUGUGUCACAGUCCUAAAUUAUAUCCUAGAAUUGACAGCUGAUGUUGGCUCAGAGCUAUGCCUACAACACAGAAAAGGAUAUGUCAGAAAUACAUUCACUUAGAAUCUGCUGAACAUUUAAAAGCUGGUUAACGCCCAAGAUGUGGGGACAGUGUAGAUGAGCUUAUGACAACAAAAGUUAUUAUCUAUGUAAGCACACUGAUACUUGGAAUUCUCUGCUUCUAGAGAAGAAUAUUUCUAUACCAUGUAUUUUUUUUCCUCUGCCAUAUUUUACAAGGUCAAGUAUGCUUUUUGGAAUCAUCUUUUACAACUCUAACAAAUCUUGAGGAAAUCUUUGUAAAAACUACCUGUUGUGAUCAAACUCUGACAUCCAUUUUUUACAUAUCAUCCCUAGGGUGUGUUUGUGUACUGAUACACAUUUAAUAUACAUUAGCAAAUACUACCGAAAAAUUAAUGACAAAAGAACACAAGGUAGUUUACUCUAACAAUGAGAGAAAUAUGGAACAUUCAGAUGGUAACCUUUCACAAAACUCUAUUAAUCUAAAAAUUAAAAUUUAAAUAUAAAAUUUUAAAUGUUGAUAACCAUAAUCUACAAAGAAAAUGUCCAAUAUCCAAAAAUAGAAACAGCUUCCUGAUAGACCUUCCAGGAUUACACACUAAUUACUUCUAGAAUUUAGAUGCAAGUGUACCACCUGUAAUGUAAUUUACUGCAAGUGAUUAUACAGAAAACUGGAAGACCUAAAUCUUAAAAUUCUGAAGAUUUAACAGCAAACUCAAUUUAUAAAAUAUUAAACUCCCUUAUUUUGACAAGUAAAAGAAUUACAAGUAUCUUCUCCUUAUCAGUGUAAUUAUUAUUGGCAAUGUUUGAAAUCUGUGACACCUUGGUAGAGAUGAGGGGGAUGAGGAAAUUAAUCAAAUAUUGAUACACUCCUCAUUACUGUGUGGAUGCAACAGUAAACUACCCGUAGUAAGAGAAAGUAUCACCUUCGACAGGUGUUGCAAAGUCAGUGAUGAUACCUCAAAGGACUGUUCGGUGUGCUAGUACUUUCUAAUAAGUUAGCUAUAAGUUGCAGGUCUUUGAACAAAUGUAUUCAAGAAAAACUUUUUAAAGAUUUUAAAUAUUAGAGCAUGCUCAUGCAAGCGGGGGGAGGGGCAGAGGGAGAGAGAGAGAGAGAGAAUCUCAAGCGGACUCCCUGAUGAGCGUGGAGCCUGAGGCCGGACUUGAUCUUACAACCUGGGGAUCAUGACCUGAGCCGAAACCAAGAGUCGGACCCUCAACCGACUGAGCCACUGAGGCGCCCCCGAGAAAAACAAUUUUAAAACAAUUAUCAUGUUUUGCUUAAAAAGGAAAUAUUUUAGUAAAAGUUAGAAAAGGUUUUUUGGGGUGGCUCAGUCGUUAGGCGUCUGUCUGCCUUCGGCUCAGGUCAUGAUCCCAGGGUCCUGGGAUCGAGCCCCGCAUCGGGCUCCCUGCUUGGCGGGAAGCCUGCUUCUCCCUCUCCCACUCCCCCUGCUUGUGUUCCCUCUCUCGCUGUGUCUCUCUCUGUCAAACAAAAUCUUAAAAAAAAAAAAAACCAGGUUUUAAAAAUUUUUUAUUUUUAAGUAAAAGUACUUUUAGUGAACUCGGUUAAUAAAGAAUUGAGAAACCAAUAAUUAUGUCGGGAGACAUAUUGUAAAUAAGACAGACUUGAACCGGACUGCCUGGCUCUGCCGCUGGACUGGCUGCGCACCACACCCAGGAAAACACAGCAAAGAAAAAGACACACGGUAUAAAGGGGAUGAGGAAGAUUCAACUACUUAACGUCCCUGGGCUUCAGUAUGCUUGUUUAUAAAAUAGAUGUAAUAGCACUACAAAAUAGAUGUAAUAGUAUAGCACCACAGAACUAUGAAUAUUAAAUGAGUUAAAAUACGAAAGGUGCUUAGAAUAUAUUUGCCACAAUUUGUUUAAGUAGAAGGAAUCUUAGAGGGUUGCAUCUGUGUAUGUUUAAGAAAAAAAAGUCUGUGAUCUCUGCCUCAGCCACAUCCACAGUAGAGCACAGUAUUAUACUUUUAUUCGGAAUAUGAAAGUUGUAUACAUUUUGUAGCCUCACAGUGCCUGACACGCAUUAAACUAUGUAUACUAGCUUGUAUGAAGUUGGUUGUAUUGAUAGGUGGGUCACUACAAGUAACAGUGGUGUUUCUGCUAGAAAAGUAGCAUAAACAAAAGAUCCCAAGUUGAUUAAAAAAAAAAAUAGACAUAUAUCUAAGAUUAACUUAAGGAAUAUUGUGUAAUAUAAGUACAAGCAUAAAUAUUUUUAAAUUUUAAAGAAAGCAUUCAUGUUACAAAUUAAGUAAUACACUGUCAUAAACCUAAAGUUUGGAAUCAUUGAUUUAAAUAAAUUUUAGUCUAUGGCCAGAAACUGCUAGUCCUUUUACAGUACAUGUUAAGAGCCAAAGAUGACAAGACGACAAAACAAAUUGUGGUGACAUGAGGAAAUACGUUAUAUAAAAAGUAUAUAAUUAGCAAGAGCACCUCUGAUCACAAACAAUGCUUUUAAAUCAUGCUCGAACAUCAGCACUGACUUGUUUGCACAUGUACUUUCCUGGCACCUUCUCCCUGCUUUCUACCUGACAUCGCACCCCACGACAAAUUAUGAAAAAGAGAAGGCAAGAACCGACAGAUUCUCUCCAUAACCUCCCCAUAAUCUACUCUGAGAGUAGAUUUCCUAUUCUUAAGUGAUUGGCCUCAUGAGGCUCCAUUUAUUCUAUACAGAGACUGCCCGAGUAAGGAAGUAGAUGGUUGAAUGAGUGAACUUUUGUAUUCGUGUAUGGAAGGGGGUGAUGGUAGAAUGAGGGAAGAGCAGAUGGGAAAAUGUUUUGGGAUAUCAACUCUGAUUUUAAUAUUCAGUUAGUAAGUCUGCUCAGAGGUGAAUUUUCUUGAUAUUAGAGGAUCUAAAGUAAGAAUUUCCACAUAAUAUGGUGGUAACUGCAAAACAAGCCAACAUAGGCAAUGUGAUUGCUUUCCUGAGGUGGACAUCUCAUAUUCAGAGAACAGGCACUACCAUAUCAGAAAUGAAAUUUGCUUUUUAAUUACUCUGAGAUCUGGGAUGUGUGUGUGUGUGUCUGUGUGUGCACACACAAGCAUGCACAUUUGUCUGUGCAAGUGUAUGUUUUAUAUAUAGAUAGUCUGCAUUUUAUUUAUAAAUAAAGUUCAUAUUUUAAGAAAAGGGCUACCGACAGUAGCUCCCUUGGGAUAAGCAUGCUUACAGCUCCCUUUCUUUGCAAUAUACCUUGGACUAAUGGGUAGCAGCUGGAAACGCUAAUACCUGGGGCUAAAGGUUAUUAUUUAGAUUCAGGAAAACAGGGUUAAAGAAUGGAAACAAAUUAGACAGGCAGGCUCUAAAUUGCAUAGUUGAGAAUUUUAUUUCAUAUGGCUGAUGGGAGGAAUAAAAAUGUGUUUUUCACCCUGUGUAUAAAGAGCUAAAUCCUUGAUCUUCCAAAGAAAAACAGGAAAAGAAAAUGCAAACAAUUCACACACACACACACACACACACACACACACACACACACACCCCCAAUGAACAUGAAAAUUUAUACAUUACCAAAAACCUUAAAAAUACAAAUUAAAAUUUAAUUUUUGGUUAUCAAAAUUAGAAAAGCGGCUUUAAAAGAUUAUACUCAUUAAAAGACAGGAUGCUAUCAAAUAGAUACCCAUCUACUGCUGGUAUAUAUAAAGUGGCAGAAUCUUUCCUGAAGGAUAACUUGGCAUUAUGUAUGAAAAACUUUGAACAUUUUCAUAUCCUUUGAUUAAGUACUUGAACUACUUACAAGAUUUAUUCUAAAGAAAUAAUCGGAAAUGUAGUAAAGUCUUAUAUAAGGUAGUUAUCACAGCAUUAAUCGUAAUAGAGAAAAACUGGAAACAACCAAAGGAGGAUACUUUAGUACAUCCAUACUGAUGGAAUAUUUUAUGCUUAUUAAAUUCAUGUUUUCCAGUAUAUUUAAAUAUACUGCAAGACUGCUUUCCUUUCUGGGAUCUCUAGAGAUCAAUCCACUUCCAAACUUUUUCAGAUUGUUGGCAGAAUUAAGUUCCAUGCGAUUUUACAACUGAGGUCCCUGUUUCUGUGCUGGCUUUCAACUGGGGGGUUGUUAUCUUCUAAAGGCCACCUGCAUUCCUUAGUUUGAGGUCCCUUUCUCCAUCCUGGAAGCCUCACGCCUCUAAUCUCUCUCACUUCCCAUUCUGCCUCAUGUCUUUAUUUCUUAAAGGCUCAGGUGAUUAGAUUGGGUCCACCCAGAUAAUCCAGGCUGAUCUCCCCGUUUUCAACUUCAGAACCUUAAUUACACUGGCAAGGUCCCUUUUGCCAAAAGUUAAUACAGUUGACCCUUGAACAACAUGGGCGUUAGGGGCACUGACCCCAUGCAUAGGGGGUUCCCCCCAACAUAGUCGAUUAACACAUAUUUUGUAUAUAUUAUAUACUAUAUUUUUACAAAAAAGUAAGCUAGAGACAAGAAAAUAUUUAGAAAACCGUAAGGAAGAGUAAGUACAUUUACAGUACUGUAAAAAAUCUGGGGUAAGUAGACCCAUGUAGUAUAAACCUGUGCUGUUCCAGGGUCAACUUAUAACAAGUUCUGAGGAAGAACAGAAUGUGAGCAGACGUCUUUGGGGGGCCAUUGUUCUGUCUACCAGAUCACCUAAAAGCACAAUGGAAGUACCUCGGCUUGAUUUUCCUUUCAUUCCACUGUGCUGUCAAUUUUCCUGCACUACAGCAGCCAGCUCCCCCUACCACCAUCACCCCUUUCACCUUUCACCUUCUAGGUAACUCCUGGCUAACUUACUCAAGGAUUCUUUUUGUUCUAUUGUUUUAGUUGUUAGUAAGUAAAGACUUCAUGGGGAAAACAAUCUCCAUUAGGAAGAAAAAAUGAGUAUUUGCUGGAACGAUAGCAUUAUUACUCUUAGGUGAAUGUUAAAAGCACUCUUAACACCUGUUGAGGAAUCCAGAUUUCGUCAAGUGUAGACCCUAAACCUGCCUAGUUCCAGAACCCCAAGCAAGACAGAAUAUAAAGGCAUGACUGGUCCCUUGCUGUGCUGUUACUUUUAAGAAUAACACGGGUAUAGAAAUCUAAUUAAGGCCUGACUGAAUGUGAAAAAAGGUAUGUAUCAUAGUUGGUGGAAUUAAUGUAUUCUGCUAAGAACUUUCCUAAUUACAAAAUAUUUCAAAUACACAGAAAAUAACAUACUCACAUACCCACUACCCAGAUUUUACAAAUGUUAAUAUUUUGCCACAUUUAUUUCUGAACUCUAUUCUCAUCCCUUUUCCUUCCCUUCCUGACUUCUUUCUCUCUCCAGUGGCAGCUAAUAUCCUGAAGUUAGUGAGAAUCAUUUCCAUGCAUGAUUUAACUUUUAAUAAAUAUUCUAUAAUCAAAUAGUAAACUUCUGCAUGAAGUAAUAAUAUUUCAGUUUUACGUCCAGUAUCACAAAAGACAGUGUACCCUGACUGCCAACACUGGUCUUAAAUUGUUCAAUAUUUGGCAGGUAAUUUCUAUAUUGAAAAUGAAUUCAUCAGACUAUCAUAGUAUGAUGACAUGAACCAUUAAGAUAAUUCAAUUAACCCUAUCUACUCUGAUUUAUCACUUCCACUGUUGAAGGACCUUUAGGGUUAUUUCCUGGUUUUGGCUAUUAUGAAUGGUGCCACUAUGAACAUUCUAGGACCUGUUUGUAGAUGAACAUCUGUAUGCAUUUCUAUUGGAUUUAUACUAUAUUAGGGUUUUUUUUAAUUAAUUAAAUUCAAUUUAGUUAACAUAUAAUGUGUUAUUAGUUUCAGGGGUAGAAUUUAGUGAUUCAUCUGUUGCAUAUAACACUCAGUGUGCAUUACAUCAAGUGCUCUCAAUGCCCAUCACCCAAUUACCCCAAAUUACCCAAUCUGCAUACACCCCUCCCCUUUAGCAACCCUCAGUUUUUUUCCUAGAGCUAAGAGUCUCUUAUAAUUUGCCUCCCUCUUUGUUUUUAUCUUAUUUUAUUUUUCCUUCCCUUCCCCUAUGUUCAUCUGUUUUGUUUCUUAAAUUCCACAUAUGAGUGAAAUCAUAUGGUAUUUGUCUUUCUUGGACUGACUUAUUUUGCUUAGCAUAAUAUCCUCUAGUUCCAUCCACGUCAUUGCAAAUGGUAAGAUUUCAUUCUUUUUGAUGGUUCGGUAAUAUUCCAUUAUAUAUAUGAUAUAUAUAUGAGAUAUAUAUAUAUGUAUAUACAUACACACACAUAUACAUACCACCUCCCACAUCUUCUUUAUCCAUUCAUCUGUUGAUGGACAUCCGGGCUCUUUCCAUGUUUUGGCUAUUGUGGACAUUACUCCUCUAAACACUGGGGUGCAUCUGCCCCUUCAAAUCACUUUGUGUAUCCCUUGGAGAAAUACCAAGUAAUACAAUUGCUGGGUCGCAGGGUAGUUCUACUUUUAACAUUUUGAGGAACCUCCAUAAUGUUUUCUAGAGUGGCUGCACAGCUUGCAUUCCCACCAACAGUGCAAGAGAAGGUUUCCCUUUCUCUGCAACCUCACUAACACCUGUUGUUUCCUGACUUGUUAAUUUUAGCCAUUAUGACUGUUGUGAGAUGAUAUCUCAUUGUGGUUUUGAUUUGUAUUUCCCUGAUGCCAAGUGAUGUGGAGCAUUUUUUCUUAUGUCUGUUGGCCAGUUGGAUGUCUUCUUUGCAGAAAUGUCUGUUCAUGUCUUCUGCCCAUUUCUUGACUGGAUUUUUUGGUUUUUGGGUGUGGGGUUUGAUAAGUUCUUUACAGAUCUUGGAUACUAGCCCUUUAACUAAUGUGUCAUUUGCGAAUAUCUUCUCCCAUUCCUUAUAGUUUUAUUGUUUCCUUUGCUGUGCAAAAGCUUUUUAUCCUGAUGAAGUCCCAAUAGUUCAUUUUUGCUUUUGUUUCCCUUACCUUUGGAGACGUGUCUAGCAAGAAGUUGCUGCAGCUGAGGUCAAAGAGGUUGCUGUCUGUGUUCUCCUCAAGGAUUUUGAUGGAUUCCUGUCUCACAUUUAGGUCUUUCAUCCAUUUUGAAUUUAUUUUUGUGUAUGGUCUAAGAAAGUGGUCCAGUUUCAUUCUUCUGCAUGUGACUGUCCAAUUUUCCCAAUACCAUUUGUUGAAGAGACUGUCCUUUUCCCAUUGGAUAUCCUUUCCUGCUUUUCAAAGAUUAGUUAACCAUAGAGCUGAGGGUCCAUUUCUGGGUUCUCUAUUCUGUUCCAUUGAUCUAUGUGUCUGUUUUUGUGCCAGUACGAUACUGUCUUGAUGAAUACAGUCUGAAGUCCAGAACUGUGAUGCCUCCUGCUUUCUAGUACAGUUUUUUGUAGGUUACAAGGUCCAACAAAAGACUCACUAGUUUAAAAUCAAGAUUUCAGUAGGGCUGCAUUCCUUUCUGGAAGCUCCAGGGGAGAGUCCAUUUCCCUACCUUUUCCAGUUUCUAAAGCCUGACCACAAUUCUUGGCCCAUGGCCACACUCCUCCAUCUUCAAAGCCUGCACUGAUGGGUUACAUUCUUCUCAUACUCAUCAAUUCUGAUCUUGCUUCUAUCACUAACCCUCCUUUUCUGACUCUGAACUUUUCAGUGUCCCUUUAUAGCAUUUUAGGACCCUUGUGCUUACACUGGGUCUACCCACCAGGAUAAUCCCCCUGUUCUAAAGUCAGCUGAGUAGCAACCUUACAUCCAUAUGCAACCUAAUUCCCCCUUGCCAUAUAACGUAACAUGUUCACAGGUUCUAGGGCUUGGAAGGCCAUUUUCUGUCAACCACAGACACAUAGGAAUAGAAUUACUGUGUCUUAGGGUAUGUGACAUUCUACGUUAGUAGAUACUGGGCAUUUUCCACUGUACCAACUUACACGCCCAUUAGUACUUUCUGAAAGCUGCAGUUGCUUCACACCCUUGCUAAAACUUGAUAUAUUCUAUCUUUUUCAUCUUAGCUUUUCUUGUGGGAGUGUAAUAAAAAGGUGUGAUUUUAAUUCCCAUUUCCUUAAUGGCUAAUGAAAUUCAGUGCUUUUUAACUUUUUUUUUUGGCCAUUCAGAUAUCCUCUGAAAAGUUAGUUUUCUGCCCCUUUAUUUUAACUGGGUUGUCUGUCUUAUCACUUUGAAGGAGUUCUUUAUAUAUUCUAACUAUGUCUUUCGUCGGAUAUAAAUAUUGAGAUAAUCUUCUCUCCCUCCGCAAGUUGAAUUUUCAUUCUUUUAGUUAUGUUUUUGAUAGAAGUUAUUAAUGUUAAUAUAGUCUAAUUUAUCAAUCUUUUUCUUUAUGGUUAGUGAUUAUUGUGUCCUGUUUUAGAAAUCUUUGACUAUUUUAAGACCACAAAGAUAUUCUCCUGUUUUCUUUCAGACAGCUUCACUGUUUUACCUUUCACUUUUAUAUCUGCAAUUCAUCUUGAAUGGAUUUUACACAUUUACAUACACUUACUAAAGAGCCCAUUCUUUCCUAAUGCACUAACAGUGUCACAUUUGUCUUAGAUUAAAUAACCAUAUAUUUUGGAUCUGUUUCUCAACUCUACUGGUCAGUUUUUCUACCCUUGUAUGUAUAAAAAUCAUCUGUUUAAAUUAGUUUUAUAACAGGUUUGCUAUCUGGUAGUAUAAGCCUUCUAACUUUGUUCUUUGUGACCUCCUUAGUUCUUGGUACUCUGCAUUUCCAUAUGAAUUUUGAGACUGUUCACACACACACACACACACACACACCCCAACUUGCUGUGAUUUUCAUUGGCACUACCUUGACUCUGGAUUAUUCUGGGGAAGAGGUCAAUCUUUACAAUAUUGAGUCUUUUAUUCCAUGGACAUGGUAUAUUUCUAUUUCACCAUUUACUUAGGCAUUCUUUAAUUUCUCUCAGUAUUGUUUUCCAGCUUUCAAUGUAAAAUUCUGACAUGCCUUUUGAUUUGUUCCUAGGUGUUAGGUUUUUUUUUUCCGAAUGCUACUCUGAAUGGUAUUGUUUUUUAAAUUUUGUUAUUUAUUUGUUUGCUGCUGGCAUAUAGAAAUGCUAUUGUCUUUUAUUAACCUCGCAGCCAGCAAACUUACAAAAUUCACUUAUUAAUUCUAAAAGAUUAGCUAUGUAUAUUCUUUUGGAUCACAAUGAUGUCAUAUGUGAAUAAUAAGAUUUCUUAUAAUCCAAUCCUUGUAACUUCUUUAAUCUUGCCUUACUGAACUGUCUAGGAUAUCUAGUAUAAUUAUGACCAGAAGUGGUGAUAGUACUCUCCUUGUUCCUGAUGUCAGAGGGAAAGCUUUCACUAUUUUUAUCAUUAUGAGAUGUUUGCUGUAGGACUUUUGUAAAUGUUCUUUAUUAGACUAAGAAAGUUCCUUCCUAAUGUCUUAAGAGUUUCUAUCACGAAUGGAUGUUGAAUUUUGUCAAACGCUUUUUCUGCGUCUAUCAGCUUGUAAUGAUCUGUCUCCCUUUUUUGUUAAUAUAGUAUAUUACACUAAUUGGUUUUCUAAUGUUAAACCAACCUUGAAUUUCUGGAAUAAGCCCCUCGUAAGUCAUGACAUCUUAUCAUUAGAUUAAAUUUGUUAAUAUUUUGUUAAGGAUUUUUACAUUUAUGUUUAUGGGACUGGUCUAUAAUUUGCUUUCUUAAAAUGUCAUUUCUAGAUUCUGGAAUAAACAUUAUACUCAUUAAAAGAGCUGGGAAGUAUAACUUCCUUUUCUAUUCAAUAAAAGUGUAUGUAAGAUUGAUGUUAUUUCUUUCUUAAAUGCUUGGAAAACUUCACCGAUAAAUCUGCUAAGUUUUAAAAACUAAAAUUUCAAGGGUUGGUCUAGAAGAUUGCUGCCAAUUGAUUCCUAAUCUUUACACACAUCCUCUCCCAAAUUACAAAAUUAACAAGGGGUGAAAGCAAGCCACACCAACAGGAUUACUCAGAGACAGAGAAUACUGCAUCCUUGAAAUUAUCUUUAAGUACAGAAAUAAACACCAAAUUAAAAAAUGAUUUCCUGCUGCUGUUGCAAGCCAAUGGGCACAAAGUGAUAAUGAGGAGGUUUAACACAUCCAUGUAAAACUGGAUAGGGAAUGGAAGACUUUGAGGAAGUACAGUUAAAAUCCAUGUAAAACAGGACAGGGAAAUGAAGACUUUGAGGAGGUACAGUUAAAAUCACCCCCAGAAUGAGAAAAUCUAACACUAUGUUCUAAAAAAUUGAGUACAAUUUGGGGAUUUGGUAGUUCACAGCAUGGGCUAUAGAAAAGGAGCUUGAAAAUGAAUAAGGCUAAAAUUGAUAGUUUGAAUAAGCACAGCUUCUGAAAAAAGACCCAGAUAAGUAGAGAAGGGGUGAUUCCCUCUGAGAAAUAAAAGAAAAAACUAGAGGGGAAGAAUAAGGAUUCUGUAGAAACAAAAGAGAUACAAGCCAUGCUAGCUCCUCUCCCAUUUCCUAAUGCAUCCAUUCAAAACUAAACUGUGAGAAGUUGACACUCUCAAAUUAGGAAUUCUAGCCACAAAAUACUCAGAAAUAGAAAAUAUCAAGCUAAUUCUAUAAAAAGCUACUGUAAGAAUAAAGCAGAAUAUGUAAAUUCAAACAUUUCUGCUGAUGAAAAGCACCUCCCUCCCCAUGUAAAACCAUGAAAUAGAAGAAAAACUGGUAGUGACCACUCCAAAAUGCACUCAAUAUCUUUAAAUAGCAUAAUUUAUAUGAAAAAGAAAAAUACUGAAUCAGAAAUUUAAAUGCUUUUUUCUGAGACAGAGAGCACGCUGGUGUGAGAGCGGUGGGGGGGGGCAGAGGGGGAGGGAAUCUUAAGUAGGCCCCAUGCCCAGCACAGAGCCCCAUGAGGGGCUCAAUCCCACAACCCUGAGAUCAUGACCUGAGCGGAAAUCAAAAGUCGGAUACUUAAACGACUGAGCCACCCAGGUGCCCCUUGAAUCAGAAAUUUAAAAAUCAGGAGUAGAAAUCAUCCCCCCACACAGCAAAAAAAAAAAAAACCACAGGGGCUGGGAGAUAAA